CUGUCGAGAUCAGCAUUCUCCCAGUCUCAGGCUCUCUGGAAUAGGAUCGCAAGGUCCACUUCUGCUGCAAAGCUGGUUGAAGAGCAACGCAAUCUUCAGUUGCUACAGCCGAAGAUGGAACCUCUUUUAUUCGGCUGUGGAUCGAAGUGUAGGAAUCUUUAAAGAUGAAGGAGACGGGGCUGUGAGAGCUGUCUGUGCUGCCCUAAAUCUUCCCAUAUGAGUGGCACAGUCUAGCCGACAUUGUGUUUUUGGGUGAAUAUACCAACACCAUGAGUCCAGUAGCUGAAGCAAUAAACAUUCUACACGGAGAAUCAUGAACACAACAUUAACACAAGAUGGCUGCUCACUACAUUGACCACCCUCAUCCGCAGACUCGAGGAAACCUGAGCGUUUUUGAGAUUUUGGAAGCCGCUAGUCGAUGCUGUGCUAGAUGGUCUGAAGAAACGAUUUGGGGAAAUGAUAACUGAUCCAGAGUUGAUUACAGCAGCCAUACUUCAAAAAAUUCAAAACACCCUGGAUUAGUGCUGAAGACAUGAUCAAACUUGGCGAAAUGAACUCCAUGAUGACCGCACUGUACGUGUGUGAUCUGGACCCUAAAGUGACCGAGUCCAUGAUCGUGGAGAAAUUCAGCUCUGCAGGACACGUUCACUCCGUCCGUCUCUGCAGGGACAGAAAGACCGGCUCUUCCCUCGGUUAUGCUUUCGUCAACUUUAAGCAUCGAGCCGACGCUGAGAGAGCAGUGAAAAUGCUCAAUUCUCAACCCCUUAUGAAGCGGCCCAUGCGCGUCAUGUGGUCCGUGAGGAACAGCUGCGUAGGAAAACUCAUUGUCAAGAAUCUGGACUGGUCCAUUGACGACGCGGCCCUUUUUGACGCCUUCUCUGUUUUUGGGAAGAUCCUUUCAUGCAAGGUUGCCACUAAUGAGAAGGGCUCCAAAGGGUUCGGCUUUGUCCAGUUCGAGACUGAGGAGGCAGCAAACAGAGCGAUGAAGAAGCUCAAUGGGAAACUUCUGCACAAGCGUAAAGUGUUUAUUGAGCUCUUUAAGCCCCGUGAGGAGCGCAGGGCUGAGGAGCAGAACCCCAAGCUGGUGAACGCUGGCCAAGCUCAGACUAAACAAGAGGAACAGACUCAACACAAUAACAAGAAUAAACAGGUGAAGACGGAGAACGGACGCUCAAAAGGUUUUGGCUUUGUGUGCUUUGCGUCUCCCACGGAUGCCAUGAAGGCCAAACAGGAGAUAGACGGCAGGAUAUGGGGCAGGAAGAAUGUGCAUGUGGACGUGGUUCAGCACAAAGAGGAGCGCCAGGCUUCCCUUCCCCAUAAGACAAAUGGCACCGUUAAACCAUCGACCCGUCAGAUGCCACAUGCCGUUCCUGUAGUGGACAGUGUCCCUGCUGUCAACACUGUUCCUGUAGUGGACAGUGUCCCUGCUGUCAACACUGUUCCUGUGGUGGACAGUGUCCCUCCUGUUGACACUGUUCCUGUGGUGGACAGUGUCCCUGUUGUUGACACUGUUCCUGUGGUGGACAGUGUCCCUGUUGUUGACACUGUUCCUGUGGUGGACAGUGUCCCUGUUGUUGACACUGUUCCUGUGGUGGACAGUGUCCCUGUUGUUGACACUGUUCCUGUGGUGGACAGUGUCCCUGCAAGUUCUCAGGAUGUACCCACAUAUCUACCAGCUGGGAAACGCCUGACUAUCUACAUACUGGAAUCGGCUGCGUUAGAGGACCAGAUCCAGAUGGCGCAUGACUACCUGCUGCCACUAGUUGAGAAAAUCCACCCGACUCAGGCGAAUCAGAUCACGUGGAUGCUUGUUCAAGCCGAGAACAACUACAACAUUAUGGACAUGAUUGGAGAUCCCGAGCUUCUGCGUGCCAAGGUGGAUAAAAUGGACAGGCUGCUGAAGGCCAGGGAAGCUGGUGUCAAGCCGGAAAAGCUGAAGAUGCUCUUCGGCGACAUCAGCAAGAAGAAGAGAAGGAAGAAGAGAAAGAACAAAUAAGCAUUGUACAG